AUACGGGUCCAGGAAGCUCCUCCAACGCAUGCGCUUUGGCGUCUCGCACCUGGCGGCGUUACCUAGCAACAAAGCGAGACGCGCUGGAGAAAGAGAGAGAGGUGUGAGGUCUUGGGAACGGCUGCCCGUGUAGACAACCGGGUACAGAUCGUGCCGAAAUGGGUAAAAAGGUGAAAAAGGAAGUGGAGCCUCCUCCCAAGGAUGUGUUUGAUCCGUUAUCAGUUGAAAGCAAGAAAGCGGCAACUGUGGUGCUAAUGCUCAAUUCCCCAGAAGAGGAAGUUUUGUCUAAAGCAUGUGAAGCGCUCUAUAAAUUUGCCUCAAAAGGUGAAGAAAACAAGCUAACUCUUCUUGAACUUGGAGCCUUGGAACCUUUAUUUAAAUUGGUUACACAUGAAGACCCCAUUGUACGCAGAAAUGCCACCAUGGCAGUUGGAAUCAUGGCUUCUCAUAAUGAUGUGAAAAAAUCGUUAAGGCAGCUAGAUGUUACAAGUGCAUUUAUAGCUCGCUUGGCACCAGAAGAAGAUGUAGUCACCCACGAGUUUGCUAGCCUUUGUCUAGUACAUAUGGCAGUUGAAUAUAACAGUAAAGUGCAAAUAUUUGAGCAAGGUGGAUUAGAACCACUUAUCAGGCUGCUAAGUAGUCCUGACCCUGACGUUAAGAAGAAUUGUGUUGAAUGCAUCUACAACUUGGUACAGGAUUUUCAGAGUCGUGCUGCAGUUCGUGACCUAAAUGUGAUUCCUCCUUUGCUGGAACUUCUGAAGUCUGACUAUCCAAUUAUUCAGUUGUUAGCUCUCAAAACUCUAGGUAUCAUUAGCAUUGAUAGAGAAACUAGAGUGAUGCUAAGAGAAAAUCAAGGACUAGAUCAUCUUUUCAAGAUAUUGGAAACCAAGGAAUUUAAUGAUCUACAUGUGGAAGCUCUUGGAGUAGUGGCAAAUUGUCUUGAGGAUGUGGAUACUAUGCAAUUGAUUCAGGAGACAGGGGGUCUCAGAAAACUACUUGCCUUCACGGAAGUUUCCACUCUUACAGAUUUUCAGAAGAAUGCAGCAAAGGCCAUUGCUAAAGCCGCUUAUGAUCAAGAAAACAGAAAAAUCCUCCAUGAAGAAGAAGUUGAAAAAUGUCUUGUCAACCUAUUGGGAACAGAUAAUGAUGGAACCAGAAUAGCUGCUGCUCAAGCCAUUUCGGAGAUGUGUGAGAAUUUAGCUAGCAAACAAGCCAUUGGAGCUAUAGGAAUUCCCCAGCUGGUUCAGUUGCUAAGCAGCGACAAUGAAGAGGUAAAAGAAGCUGCCGCUACAGCUCUAGUUAAUCUGACAACAGCCAAUCCUAGUAAUGCAAGUGCUGUUGCUGAAGCUGAUGGCAUUGAACCACUGAUCAGUGUUCUGAGUGCCAAGAGAGAUGGGGCUGUUGCUAGUGCUACUACUGUCCUCACCAACCUGGCCACCCAGGAGCCGCUGCGUCUCAACAUCCAGAGCCAUGGGAUUAUGACUGCAAUUGUCAAACCACUGAGUUCCACCAACAGCAUCGUGCAAAGCAGAGCCGCACUCACUGUGGCUGCCAUUUGUUGUGACAUUGAUGCAAGAAUUGAGUUACGGAAUGCGGGUGGACUUGAGCCUCUUGUUAAGCUCCUGCAUUCGAAGCAUGAUGAAGUCAGAAGAAAUGCUUGCUGGGCCGUCAUGGUUUGUGCGAGUGAUGAGCUAACCGCAGCUGAAAUGACCAAGCUAGGUGCUUUAGAUAUUCUUGAAGAAAUUAACCUAUCAUUUGGGCGUAAAAAUAACUUCAGUGAAGCAGCUUUGGAAAAGAUCCUUGACCACAACCUCCCGCAGAAAUAUAGUCAAUCAGGAUAUUUAUCACCCAGUAACAUAAUUUCUGAUGGGUUCUAUGAUUAUGGACAGGUAAAACCUGGUGUAAAACUAUUAUCUCUGGAGGAACUCAGUUCUCAGGAGCUGAAUGACCAUCGUGCUAUAAUCUUAGUAAAUGUUAAAUCAUCAGAACCAGAACCAACUCCUUCUACAGUGGAGGAAAAGAUACAAGAGCUUAGCACCCGAACUGGGAUUUCUACUAGUGCUUUAAGAAAAAGUAGUAAAGAAAAAACCAGUUCAACAGAGGAGAAGCCAGACUCUCCAGGACGGUCUUCUUCAAUCAGUAAAAGCAGUGCUAGAGAGAAAGGAUCAAGAAAGGGGAAAGGCAAAAAAGAAGAAGAAAAACCAAAAGAAGAAGAAAUAGAACCAAUGUCUAAAAUAGUUGAAGUAGUUCCUGAAAAGGCCUUAUGGCUCCCCCCUUUUGACCCUUUUUUAAUGGAUUACAUCACUGAGGUUUCAAGAACAAUUCUGCCACUACCAACCACCAAGGAACAGGUUGUAACCCUUGCACAGUAUGUUGCAGACAAAAUGGGAGGUCCAAUCCAAAGAGACAAGUUGCAUGAAUUCAGCUGGGAACUUCAUCUUAGUGAAAUCGAAUAUGAACUGAAAUGCAACGUUGUGCCUAUUGGGAAGAUCAACAAAGGCACCUUCUACCACAGGGCUUUGCUUUUCAAGGUUCUAGCGGACAAAAUUGGUGUUAGUUGCAGCUUACACCGUGGAGACUACAACAGAGCAUGGAAUGAAGUGCAAUUAGUGGAUGAUUCUCCCCUGGGAAUACCUGGACUCCUGCUUCCUCCUCAAGUAUACAUUGUAGAUCUCAUGUAUGAGCCAGGUGACCUGAUGAAAGAAGGAAGUGCAGUGGCAGAUCGCUAUUGCCGUAUUUAAUUCCCUUUCCAGGGCUCUUCAAAACCAAAGGUUGCUUGUUAAUUAGUUUUAAUUGAGUUUGUGCAGAGAGAUUUAGAAGGUUUAUUUUCAGAGUUGGGCUGAGUGCCAGGUGGAACACUUUUGCAUGCACUGAUGGGUUUAUAUGGACAUUGGAUAUUUUAUUUCCCUUUGAGGUUCUGAAAUUCUAACAUGUAGCUCUCAGAGAUAGGCAUCAUUUCAGACCAAAUCUUGUUCAUGUUGUUGAUGAAUAUUUAAAAUAAAAGGCAGAUAUCAGGAAUGUGAA